AUGCAACGUACUGUUUACCCAUAUCUAGAACAAGGUGCUCUGUAUUCAUACAUUUUAUCAAAAGUCCCAUGCAACAAUAAAUUAGAUUCAAACAAAGUUCCUAAAUGUGCGUUCGUUUGUGUUACGAAGGUACAAUAUAGGGUCGAUCUGAAGGUCAAAACGAAACCGUCCAUCAAAUAUAUAGCGAAACCAAAUCACGAUAUAACAAUUAAAGUAAUGAUACAUAUAGACAAAGUGUUAACGAGAAAAUUGGUAAAGGAACAUCGAUUAACAACGAGAAAAACGCUAAAAAAUAUUACAAAUGGAAUAUUAGAAGAUGCCAGAAAACUAUUCAAACAGUCGAAUUUGAAUCAGACAGUAAAAUUUAAGUUAUUAGAUACAAGAUUUUUAAGAAACGACAAAGUGAUAUCGAUGAAUGAAAACGCUCAGAAAUAUUUAAGCAGUUACUGCGAUUGGCAGAGUAAGAAGAAAAUUAGUCAGAGAUCGCUGUACUAUUCAGUUCUUUUGACUGGAUUAGAUCUUUAUCAUAUGAAUAAUGGAAGAAUCAUAAAAAGCAACUCAGGUCGCGGCUACACGAGAGGCAUGUGCAGUGCGCGGAAGAGUUGCACGCUCAUAGAAUGGGAUCCAAAAAUAAUUGGAUUUUUAUUAGCACAUGAAAUCGGACACAGUCUUGGUAUGAGACAUGACGGUCCACCGUACAAUCAAUGUCGUGAUCAGAAAAAUAUUAUGGCGAUGAGGUAUGACGAGAGACAUCACCCAACCAGCUGGUCUCCUUGCAGUCGGUAUUACUUAAAGCAAUUUUUGACGAGCAGUAAAUCUUGGUGCCUUAAAAGUGAAAGUGAUCGAAGAACUACGAUGAAAUAUCUCAAUUAAAGGAUAGAUCUCGCAUAAUUUUAAAAAUAAUUUUUUGUGUCAAAGUUUCUAGUCAGUAGUCCUUAUUUAUGAUAAGGUAACAAUAAAAAUAUAUCUAAUAAUGGUGUGAGCUUAAAUACCAUUUGGAAUAUACCUAACUUUCAUAAUUUAAAAUAUACCAUUGGAAAAAUAAUAACAUCA